GGAAACCAGACCGAAAAGACGAACUUCUCCAAGUCUCUUGCGCUUGACCUGUCCAAGGUCGUUGACGCAAAGAUCAAGAAAACUCUUCAGCACGAUCAACAUGUCCAAAGUCAAGGCAGGCAAAGGCGAUAUCGCCAAGGUCUCGAAGAGAGAUGCCAAAAAGGUAGCUCCCGUCAAAGAGGGCCGUGUUACCAAGCCCGCUCAAACCCCAAAGGCAAAGAGCAAAGAAGUCGCCAAGUCCGCUGCCGCCAAGGUCGAGAAGUCGUCGAAGAAGUCCAAGAAGGUACCUACUCCUUCUCCUGAGCCCGAGUCCGAAUCCGAGGCGGAUUCCAGCGAUGCCAGCGAGUCGAGUGCCUCCUCUUCCAGCAGCGAGAGUGAUAGCGAUAGCGACAGCGAAACCGAAGUGGCUCCCAAGAAACUCUCUGUUGUCAAGACUAAUGGUGCCGUAAAGGCCCCAGCAACGGCCGACUCUUCCGACGAUGACUCGAGCGAGGCGGAUAGCGACAGCAGUGAGAGCGAGGCCGAGGCUGCUCCUACACCUGCUAAGGCAAACGGAGUCAAGGCCAAUAGCGCUGCUAAGGCGGCCGCUACCUCGGACUCUGAUUCAUCGGAUGAGAGCGCGAGCAGCGCGGACGAGUCUGAGAACGAGAAGCCUGCUGCGGCCAAGGCCAACGGAGCUGCGAAGACUAAGGGCGCUGCGGUCAAGGCAGAGGACAGUGAUUCUUCUGAUGCCGACUCUGCCGAUUCUGAGGCUGCUUCCGACGAUUCCGACUCGAGCGAAGAUGAGGCUCCUUCCAAGAAGCGCAAGGCCGAGACCGAGACCACUCCCGCUGCGAAGAAGACCAAGGUCGAACCUGAAGCAGAGGAGGGUAUCAAGAACCUGUUCGUUGGCAACUUGAGCUGGAACGUUGAUGAGGAUUGGCUCACCCGCCACUUCGAGGAAUUCGGAGAAAUCACUGGGGCCCGUAUCAUCACGGACAAGGCCACUGGCAAGGCCAAGGGAUUCGGAUACGUUGAAUUCGCAUCUGCCGCCUCUGCUAAGGCCGCCCUCGAGGCCCUGAAUGGUACCGAGCUUGAUGGUCGCAACAUGAACGUUGACUUCAGCACUCCUCGCUCCAACGAGAACAAGAACGACCGUAGCAAGCGCUACGGUGACCAGCAGGGCGCCCCUGCCAAUACGCUAUUCGUUGGCAACAUUUCAUUCGAGGCUACCAACGACAUGAUUUCCGAGUACUUCUCCGAGUACGGCACAAUCACCCGUGUGUCUCUCCCGACCGACCAGGAGACCGGCAACCCCAAGGGUUUCGGAUAUGUCGACUUCACUACCGUCGAGGAAGCUACGGCUGCCCUUGAGGCUCUUAAUGGCGCUGACAUUGCUGGCCGUGCCAUUCGUCUUGACUACGCUACUCCUCGCCCGGAUAACGGUGGAGGCGGACGUGGCAGCGGGUUCUCCCGUGGCGGUGGACGUGGUGGUGGACGUGGUGGCGGACGCGGUGGUUUUGACCGCGGCGGACGUGGUGGCGGACGUGGCCGUGGUGGAUUCGACCGUGGAGGCCGUGGUGGAGGACGUGGCGGAAGCCGUGGAGGCUCUUCCUACAACCGUGGUGGCUUCGGCGACUUCCAGGGCAAGAAGGUCACCUUCUAGAUGCCUUGAGUAUUAACUUGCUGCGCCUGCAUCUCAUUUCGCAGAAAUAGGAAACGAAUGUCGACUGGUAGGUCAUGACGUAUUUGUGCCGAUUUCUGCACAGCUCGAGGCUCCUUGCCUUGGGUACGAUGGCAUGAUACGAGUAUGGGUAGCUUCGGUUUCCUAAUCCUUUCUUCUUUGGUUGGGGAUAAAAGUUGUCUUGUUUCUUCU